UCGAUUUCUCGAACGAGGCGGGGCCCGCCUCUACGACCCGAAAGGCAGCCGAGGCGAGCCGAACCGGAGCCGAACCGAGUGCGCACGCCCGAGCUGGAGUCAUCAAUAGCAGUGGCCAGAACUCGCUGCAAGGUCUCUGCGCCUCUCGUGGUCCGUCAGCCCUUCGGUCGCCACAUCACAUCCCACACUCAUUGCCUCCUAAACAGCUCGAGAACACAACAAAAUGUCGGCUCCAGACGGCGCAGCUGCAGGUGCGGGAGGAGAUGGCGAGAUCGUCGGGGGACCAAGGAACCCCCAGCAGAUCGCUGCGCAGAGAAGAUUACAACAGACUCAAGCGCAAGUCGACGAGGUCGUGGACAUAAUGAAGACCAACGUGGAGAAGGUGCUUGAGCGAGAUCAGAAGCUGUCAGAACUCGACGAUCGAGCAGAUGCUUUGCAGCAAGGGGCCUCUCAGUUUGAACAGCAGGCCGGGAAACUGAAGAGAAAGUUUUGGCUUCAAAAUCUGAAGAUGAUGAUCAUUAUGGGCGUGAUUGGGCUCGUGAUAUUAGCCAUCAUUGUGGCAAAAUUCAUGCCGGAGACACCACCGCCGGCUGCCCCCGCCAUCACGUACGCAGCACCUCCGCCACCGGCACCUGCUGAGGUUCAGAAGCCAGCGUAAGACCCGACGUGACCGAUACUCACACCUGGGACUGGGAUGAAGCGGCGACGACACCCACUGCACUCAGGAAAUAUUCCUUCUCCUUUUAUUUUUUUUUCUCGUCAAAACAACGCUUUGUCGUGAAUUUUAAAAAUUUUGCAGCUUUUCCUCAAUCUGGUCUUCUAACACCCUCCUUAAAACAAACAAUAAACAACAAUUUUAUGCGACCUUCUUCUCUAACUUUGGUACUGGUAGUCGGUAAACAAUUAUCUUGAAAAGAAAUCUUCGUUUUAUAAGUUCUAUUAUCUAUGUUUCAAAAGUUGGUAGAGAGCCCGAGCAGAAUCAAGGUAUCUGUAGCACUUCCCUAAGAAUAGGCUGGCACCGCUCAGCACAGCACCAGACCUGGGGAAGUCCGUUUUCUGAACCCCCGACAAUAAAGUUGUGCUUAAUAAGAAAAUGCAAGAGAAGUGCCGGGAAGCUCACGCCCAGGAAGAGUAAGCGAAUAUUCAUUGGAGUACCCGAACCGAAUCUUGGCGCAGCACGUAGCGACACCACUUUUCAUCUUUUGAUAUAAAUGUAGUUUAUGAAUGUUAUUUUAAAUUUCGAACGCUUAAUAUAUCCGCACUCAAACCGCGCAAAGAAUGUGGCGGGUGUGGCUACCAAUCAUUUAAUGGUUAUAAUUUAUCUAUGCUGUACGUAGGCGGAAUUCACAAUACAAUAAUACAGAAUGUCGAAAAAGUGUGUUUAGGCCUAUUCAAGUGCCGGCCGAAUAUUUUUUCUUUGGCAUUUCCGUACUUGUCGGAAGUGCGUUCUGAGAAUAUGUUCUUUUCAGGUUGAGAUGAACAUGCAGACACUUCCCAUAUAAUAUAACGCAUCCCUGAAUUGCUUCUUGGCUUCUAUUUGUAAAUAUUGAUGUACUGUUAUGGGGUAAAGGUGCUCAAACUUUGUAUGGAGUCAAAUGCAAUCGUCCUGUAAAGGAGAAAGAGAAAUUUGCACAAGCCUGUUUAAAGUCUUUUGAAUAGGCUUAUACAUCAGCGGCAUUGUCGCCACGACGGAGGGAGUUGACGAAUAAAAUAUUGAAUUAUUUUAAUCUUUCUGAUAUAGUUUUGUCUUUCAAACUUAGAUAGACUCUGAUUUUAAAAGAAUGGGUAGAACGACAUAUAAUAUAUAUAUAUCAAACUAGAGUAAUAAAAGCCAAAGUACAUCAGGGCUUAAUAAUUUCAUUUGCCUUCGAUGUUUGUUACAGAUAAAAGGACACUCAUGUAGAGUAAAUGUAAAUGUAAGAAAAUAAACAGUCGUGUUAAGACUCGCAAUAA